AGUGAGAGUGAAUUUGCCAACUGCUUAAUUCCACUGCCACUCCCAGACUUCACUCCCUUGACAUCUUCAUUUCAGCAACAAAGCUUUCAAGAUAUCAAAAGAUGGCAGUUCUAACCUUAUUAUCUCCUUCAAAGUUCCUACCUUUCCCUAAGCCCAAACAAACCCAACUUUCCUCAGUCACAAAAUCCCCAACUUUUCUUUCUGCUGUUUUCCACCCAAUACCCCCCAUUGAUUUCAAUAACCAAAAAACCCUCGCUACGGUUUUGGGGGUUGCUGGUCUUGCUUUAAUCUCCAUAUCCGGACCUGCUUCUGCUGCCGAGCAAGCUGCAAUGGCUUCAUCCUCUGUGCAGUUUGCUGAACCUGCCAAUGCUCUGUCUUUACCCACCUGGACUAUUCAUGUUUCCAGUGUUAUUGAAUGGGUUAUUGCAAUGGCUUUGGUUUGGCAAUACGGGGAGAAGUCAGGAUAUGAAUCUUGGAAGGGGCUAUCAUGGGGUAUGGUGCCGUUGCUAGGUGGAGCAUUUUGUGCCUGCACAUGGCAUUUCUUCUAUAACUCCGAGUCUCUCGAGGUUUUAGUGGCUCUUCAAGCAGCUUUGACUGUGAUUGGUAACGCCACAAUGUGUAUUGCUGCAUUCCGCAUAUACAAAUCGUCACAAGAGAGUUCCAAAAGUUUGUGAGGAUUAUACUAAUCCUCCUUACUCACCGGUAACUGGAAAUAGCAGAGAUUUAUGCAAACAAUUGCAUUUUAUCAACUUAUCGGUAUGUUCAUUAAAGAAAGCACCAUUAAGUGGGAAGAAAGACUAUUGAAGAUAUUCUAUUUUCCAUUGGAAGAUUGGGAAGUCUUUUGGUAGGUGUUUGCCAGUAUGUAUUGUGCUGUCUAAUGGAACAAAUAUUCUCCCUUUUUGGUGGCUGGAGAGUUGUGUCAACAAAGGGGAUUGAUCUUCACCUAUCUUGCUGCAAACCAUGUAAAUUUCUUGUACCUAUUUUAGUCAUAUGAACAUGACAUGUAUUUACAUCUUGGAACUACUUAGUUGUCUUCGUUAACCAAUUACUUAUUAUUAUUGGGAGUGUUUGGUAAAUAC